UUUUAGACAUGCGUACUUUAACACAGACGCUAGUGAACUGGAGUAAUCGCCAUAACUGGCACCAGGGAAAGGUUUAGAUCCGCGUGAGAGUCGCUGGGAGAUUCAGGAUGGGGGACAAGCCAAUCUGGGAGCAGAUAGGGUCUAGCUUUGUGCAGCACUACUACCAGCUGUUCGACACGGACAGGACCCAGCUUGGAGCAAUAUAUAUUGAUGCGUCAUGCCUGACGUGGGAGGGACAGCAAUUCCAGGGAAAAGCAGCGAUUGUCGAGAAGCUCUCAACUCUCCCCUUUACAAAAAUUGCCCAUAGUAUAACAGCCCAGGACCACCAGCCCACCCCAGACAGCUGUAUCCUGAGUAUGGUUGUAGGACAGCUAAAGGCAGACGAUGACCCUGUCAUAGGAUUCCACCAGUGUUUUAUCCUGAAGAACAUUAACGAUGCGUGGGUAUGCACCAAUGAUAUGUUCAGGCUGGCUCUGCACAACUUUGGAUAAGCCCCGCCCCCCCCAAGGCGGGCAGGAAGACCUGGGAGGGCGGGGCAGGAGUGGAGCAGACCUCCAGCCCCCCCUCUACCUCGUCUGCACCCGUCUUGACAUAACAACACCGGAUAUUUAGACUCCAAUCCCAGAAUCCUACGCGGGCUGGAACCGGCCUGCCCAACAGAAACAAUACGUGCUCCUUUGCUGAGAGCUGGUUGACCAGUCUGUCUGCCUCUCUGCUGACCUGCAUGAUGCUGGGAGCUUCUCUGUGCACACCGGACCAGGACGACACCAACAACAGCAGCUUACCGGCGCCUACCAGUCUACUGGACUCUGCUGUUAACUUAAUAACUUGACCUGUUUUUAGUUCACUUUCAGACUAUUCUCUAGUUGUGUUCUAUUAUUAACCCCUUGUGUGUUUUUAUCAGUUUGCCUUAGUGUAUUUUACUGCAUCUCUGCUCUCAUUGAAGGUUGGGUUUCUGUUCAUGGUCAAGUCUGGGUGCUCCCUGGAGAACCGUAUGAGGAUGAUGACACUGUUACCCUGUCUGCUCACAGUUAUCUAUCGUUACAACGGCCGCCAUACACAAUAAAACCUUCACAUUUUCUUAAUGAAGAUGUCAACUCA